AUGCUAGAAACUCAUCCAGAUCAUAAAGAAAUCCUCCUUGUCAAAGAUAUGGCAAACACAGCAUGGCCAGGUUUACUAGCAGCACAGUCAUUCUUUCUUACUGCUAAUUUGGAUGAAGAACUUUUCCAAUGUUUAAUGCGAGCUUAUCAGAAUUUCACUAUUGUAUGUGGUGUACUUCAAUUGACAACACCUCGUGACGCUUUUUUGACUAGUUUAUGUAAAGGCGCAGUGCCUCCAAGUGUUAUCGCUGCUUCCUUAGCUGAAAAUAAAGCAACACAGGGUGCAACUCCCAAUGCUGGUGCCGGUGAUAUUCCAAGUGUUUCUUUAUCGGAUCGAAAUUUAGCAUGUUUGAAAAUUUUACUUAAUAUUGCUCAGCAACUUGGUGGAGUGCUCGAUGAUUCGUGGUAUCUUGUGUUAGAGACACUUCAACUGGCUGAUUUUAUUCUGUUUCAUAAAUAUGCCCGAGGGCCUCCUCAAAAUUCACGUAGAAUUGGUACACAUCAAAAUGCAUCGAGUUCCGCUAUUUCAUUGCAUGCUAGCACAAACCCGCCAAAUACCUCCACGGCGAUAAAAAGCAAACGUUCGACUGCAUCUAGUGCCGGGGUAACAACGCUCGGUUCAUCUGUGCAAGCUUCGACGUCUAAUUCUAGUAUAACUUCUCAGCAAUCAGCUAUCGACAAUGAUCUGAACGUAUUAGCGACACAAAUAAAAAAACUAUUUGAAAAUAGCAAAUAUUUGGAUGAUGCAGCCUUGCAAUCAUUUACAAAAGCAUUAUGUAGGCUUAACACUCAAACCAACGGUAUAUCAUUAGAAGAUAAUGCUUCAGCAGGAGCUGACUCUGAAAAAAUGGAAAAAGGUUUCAAAACCACACCUUUGACUGCCCUACGAGGAAAUAAAUCUGAUGAAAAAUCAUUUGCAAUUGAGAAAUUACGUAUAGUUGCGUUGCUCAACAUGCAUCGCCUUGUCACCCAUGAAUUAUCGCUCAUUUGGGACUUAAUAGUAUUACAUUUAAUUGCUACAGCCAACUGUAUUUCAGUUCCACAACCAAUACGUAUGCAAGCCUGCGAAUCCUUGGAUGAAGCUGUCAUUUCGAGUAUGAAUCACGCUAGCUCGAACCAAAAUGAAACUAAUGAACGGAUUCAAUUGCAAUUAUUAAUUUCGCUUAAUCAACUUGUGAAUAAUCCGGAACGACAUUCCACUAGCACCGGAAAUAAAGGACAAUACGUUGAAGUGCGUAAAAUGGGCCUUGAAACUCUAAAUAAAUUAUUACAAACUUCUGGACAUUCUUUUACGAAUGGAUGGAACAUGAUUUUUGAGAUGAUCAAAAGUGUGGUUAUUUUGUCGUCUUUUGGAGAAUGUGAAGAGGAAGAAGGAGGUAGUGUUGGUGUUACUG